AUGGCCUGCAUAUUUUCGCAGAGCUUCGCAACCGCCUUCAAUGGCGGUAGUACGGAAUCAUUCACCACUCCUACUCGUUUUUUCAAUUUAUCGCCAAACGUGUCUUCUCUCAGAGCUUUUUUCUCGCCGGACCCAUCAAUUGGGACGCUUCAAAUCUUCGGUGUGGUAGCUCCGGUCAAAUUCGCCGCCGUGGGUUUACAGCCCGCCGCAGAAACGGCGUCGUUUUCCGUCAGCAGGGGUUUCCUGUUUUUAGCUGCGUUGCUUCAAGUAACGACCUACGUGGAAAGAGUAUCGGUAUUAGUUAUCGGCGGAGGUGGAAGAGAGCACGCGCUUUGUUACGCCCUGAAGAAACGAUCUCCGUCGUGCGAUGCCGUCUUCUGUGCACCUGGCAAUGCCGGAAUAUCCAACUCCGGCGAUGCAACUUGUAUAGACUACCUAGAUAUCUCCGACAGCUUGUCGGUGAUUGCCUUCUGCCGUGAAUGGGGUAUCGGGCUGGUUGUGGUGGGGCCCGAAGCUCCUCUUGUUGCGGGCCUUGCGAACGAUCUUGUAAAUGCCGGGAUUCCUACUUUCGGCCCUUCUUCUGAAGCUGCUGCCUUGGAAGGUUCUAAGGACUUUAUGAAACGAUUGUGUGACAAAUAUGAUAUUCCAACUGCUAAGGUUCGUUUUUUUUUCUUUUUUAAGUUUUUAUAUUGCAUUUAUCGACGACGUGGUUUAGUUUUUGUUCUUUUGGUUAGUUCUCUUGUACCGAACAUUCUCCGAUCCAUCUCUCGCAAAAGCUUACUAACAAGUGAAGGCGCUCCGAUCGUAGUCCAAGCAGAUGGCUUAGCAGCCGGAAAAGGAGUCAUAGUCGCCACAACUCUAGAAGAGGCAUACGAAGCAGUCGAAACAAUGCUCGUAAAAAAUGCUUUUGGAUCCGCGGGCGGUCGUGUAAUUAUUGAGGAGUGUCUCGAAGGAGAGGAAGCUUCUUUUUUCGCUCUAGUGGAUGGUGAGAAUGCGUUAGCUCUAGAAUCUGCUCAGGACCAUAAACGAGUUGGGGAUGGUGAUGUGGGGCCCAAUACAGGUGGCAUGGGGGCCUAUUCUCCGGCCCCCGUCUUGACUAAAGAACUCGAAAAGGUCGUGAUGGAAUCUAUAAUUGUUCCGACUGUGAAAGGGAUGGCUUUGGAAGGGUGUAAGUUUGUCGGUGUUUUGUACGCUGGGCUUAUGAUUGAGAGGAAAUCUGGUUUGCCGAAGCUGAUUGAGUACAAUGUUCGUUUCGGUGAUCCAGAGUGCCAGGUAUUGAUGGUCCGUUUGGAAUCGGACCUAGCUCAAGUCCUACUGGCAGCAUGCAAGGGAAAACUAGCCAACGUAUCGCUAGAGUGGUCCCCUGGUUCAGCUAUGGUGGUGGUUAUGGCUAGCAACGGUUACCCCGGCAGUUACAAAAACGGAACGGUGAUUCAUAACCUAGAAGAAGCUGAGCAAGUGGCCCCCACCGUUAAGGUAUUCCAUGCUGGCACCGCCCUUGAUUCCGAUGGUAACUAUAUUGCCACCGGGGGCCGUGUUCUUGGAAUCACCGCCAAGGGGGCAAAUCUUGCUGAGGCUCGUGAUAGGGUUUACCAAGCCGUUGACCAAGUCAACUGGCCGGAGGGAUUUUACAGACGGGAUAUUGGGUGGAGAGCUUUGCCACAGAAGCAACAUCAUGUCACCGAAGGUUGACAAACAGGUGGCAAAUUUUAGUCGUAAUUUAUUUUUGUCGUCGGGAAUUUUGAUUAGCCGUUAUCGAGUGAUGAUUUUUUUUUUUUUUUUUUUUUACAUAAUAAAAAUAAUUGAUCAAAGUACUGAGAGUAAGUCUCUGUUUUUUUUUUUUUUUCCUUGAUGUUUUGGAUUCAUUUGAUUGCAUUUGAUGUUAGGUAAUGAUUUGGGUUUGUGAAUGUUUUUGGUUCUAAAUAGUUCAUUUGUUUUUAGGCA